AUGGCGGCACCUCUGCGAAAUGGCUUGCUCAGGCAGGCAAAUACAUGUCUUCGCCAGGCACGGCCAACCACGAUUCGACCACUCUCACGCGAUGCGCUACGAAGACUGGCCUCCACUCUGGCCGUUCUGGAGCAACGGGAAGGCAAGCUGAACAUGUCUUCACUGGCAUCGAUCUCGGCUGCACAGAAGCUUGGAGGCAGCAUACAUGGCUUUGUCGCAGGUGCCAAUGGCAAGACCGUGGCAGAUGAGGCGGCAAAGGUGGAUGGCUUGGAGAAGGUGAUCUACGUGGACAACGGAGCGUACGACAAGGGUCUGCCAGAGAACUGGGCGCCUUUACUCGUGGAGAAUAUCAAGAAGGGCGGCUAUACGCAUGUGUUUGCAGGGCAUUCGGCAUUUGGGAAGAAUCUGUUGCCUCGAGUCGCUGCGUUACUGGAUGUGCAGCAAAUCUCGGAUAUCACGGAGAUCCAGGGCGAGGAUACUUUCGUCCGGCCUAUCUAUGCGGGAAAUGCGAUAUUGACCGUCAAGAGCGAGGACAACCCCAAGAUCAUCACCGUCCGAGGUACCGCGUUCCCCGCAGGCGCCGCAGAGGGAGGGUCUGCCAGCGUUGAAGAGGGAGCAGACCCCAAGGCCGAAUGUCCCACCGAAUGGGUCAGCGAAGAUCUGGCCAAGAGCGAUCGACCGGACCUAGCUACGGCAGAGAAGGUCGUCUCCGGCGGACGAGGCUUGAAGUCGAAGGAGGAGUUUGACCGCCUUAUGCCACCGCUUGCAGACGCCCUGGGAGCUGCUAUUGGAGCCAGCCGAGCUGCAGUCGAUUCUGGAUUUGCGGACAACAGCUUGCAGGUUGGCCAGACGGGAAAGAAUGUUGCACCGCAGCUUUACCUGUGCGCUGGUAUCUCGGGAGCUAUUCAGCAUUUGGCUGGCAUGAAGGACUCCAAGGUCAUUGCGGCCAUUAACAAGGACCCGGAUGCGCCCAUUUUCCAGGUCGCUGACGUUGGAUUGGUUGGAGAUUUAUUUGAGAAGGUGCCUGAACUUACGGAGAAGUUGAAGAGUUCGUGA